AUCGCCCGCCCACGCAAACCACAACGGCGCCACCUAACCCACUGCCCACAACACGACCAGAGCCCGUGUACAGGGCGCGCGCUACAUCGCAGGGAUUGACGGAAGGACAAAUGAAGCGCUUACACCUCCAUCACGGCAUACGUCACGUCAGUCAGUCAGUCAGUCAGUCAGUCGAUCGGUCAAGGUGGGGAUGCAGAGACGACCAUGGCCGUUGUCACCAACCCACUAAAUGGGUCAACCCACUAAAUGGGUUCAUUCAGCUACACCGCUCCCUCCCCUGCCCUCCCCCGUCAGUGAAGGCACCCCACUCGCCCCUCGCCUCGCCCGCGCCUCCCUGAAGAAGGUGCGGAGCAGCUGCCUGGCCUCCGUGGCCAUGACGCCCCCCCUCACAGCCAUCUGGUGGAAGGGAUGCUUCGGCUCGGUGGCCAGCGACACCCAGCUGCCCGCACCGCCCAUUCUGUUGUCUGACGCGCCGUAGACGAGUGUGUGGAUGCGCGCCAGCUGCAUGGCGCCCACACACAUGGGGCAGGGCUCCAGCGUCGUGUAGAGGGUGCAGUUUAACAGACGCCACGUACCUGCACGUCGACACACAAGCAUACAUCAACGGGAGAUGGCUGUCCUCUGCCUGUGAUUGUUCAUUCAGUGCCUGCAGCACACCGAGUAUCUGAGAGGCUUCGCGGAUGCACUGCAGCUCGGCGUGUGCGGUGGCGUCGUGGGCGGCCUCCACGCCAUUUCUGCCCACUGAUAGGACCUCACCUGUGAAGACACACACAUUCUUGCCUGCACACGUCUGCUUCCUUUUUGUGCUGACCUUGCCCAUCCACGAGCACAGCGCCAAUGGGCACCUCUCCUCUCUCAGCCGCCAUGGCCGCCUGCUGCAGCGCCAGCCUCAUGUACCGCUCAUCGGAUGGAUGUGUGUCUGCCGCGCAAUGCCGCCUCAUCCAGCACUGCCGACUCCUCGACGACGUCCUCAUGUGCUGCCAAUGAACCGGGGCGCCAUCUGCAGGCCGGGUGACCACAAAGCAGUGAGCCGUCAUGCUGAAUGUGGUGAUGGCGAGGCACAAGGAUAGCAGGAAGCUUCUCCAGCCGGGAAAUGGUUUUUUGUUUGGCAUCAAGAUGGAUGAGUCGCUAUGGUCUCUGGCAUGCUGACGGGUCACUCCACCAAGGAAUCAGCGCCUCGAAGUGCCAGAUCUGGG